AUGGCUCAGAAGACACUUCGUCAAUUCUCUGCCCCGUCCAAUAGCCAUAUUCCUACUGGACUGAACAAUUACGAAGGCACUGAUGGCUUUGAGAUAAAGACUGGGCUUGUCAACAUGGUUCAAGCAAGUCCCUUCAGUGGAAAGGCAUCAGAGGACGCCCACGCUCAUCUACAGAAUUUUCUGGAAGUGCGCAGCAUAAUCAACCCAAAAGGCACCACGAUGGAUAAUAUUCGUCUUCGAUUGUUCCCAUUCUCUUUGCUUGGGAAAGCAAAGACGUGGUUUUACACCUACAAGGAAGAAUUCAACACUUGGGAUGCGUGCUCCGAUGCUUUUCUAGUCAAGUACUUUCUGGUAGGCAAAACCAAUGCCCUUCGGAAUAGGAUUUCCAGUUUUGAACAACUCCAGGACAAGACAGUCCCGGAAGCCUGGGAACGUCUUCAGGAAUACAUUGCCGCAUGUCCACACCACGGCAUGGAAGAAUGGCUAAUCAUUCAGAAUUUCUUCCAUGGCCUGAACCAGCGAUCACAAGAUCACAUGGACGCAGCAGCGGGAGGAGCAUUCCUCUCCCUCGAUGUUGCAGGAGCUAGAACGCUCAUCGACAUGGUUGCUUCCAACCAAUGUUGGAAGGGUGAUAGGCAGCCGACCCUUGCAAAAGAAAUACAUGAAAUUGACAGUGUCAAUGUGGUGGCAGCCAAGAUAGAUCUUCUCAUGGAAAAGUUGGAAUUGCCACACCAGGAGGUUAACCAGACUAUGGAGCCUCAGAUGACAUGUGAGAAAUGUGGCAAUACUGGACACUCGGGCAAAUCUUGCCCAUUCACUCAAGAGGAUGAGAACUCUAUUGGGAACAACACUCUCAAUGACUCAGAUUGUUGUCCUCAGCAAGGUUGGAAUUCUAAGCCCGACCUCCCCUUCGCCCAACAGCAAGGUAUCAAUUUUAAUAACAGUUUGCAGCCCUCGCUUAAAGACUUCAUGUACGGCCAAAAACAAAUGAAUAACAACAUUAGUGAGAAAUUUCUUGCUAAUGAUAAAAUUAUUGAGUCUUUGGCUAUGCAACUAGAAGGGUUUAACUCUGUUAUUAAACAUCAGUUGAGUUUCAACGAACUGAUAGAAACUAAAGUAACUCAACUGGCCUCAUCCUGCCUUAACCAUGACACGGGGAAGCUAUCCGGGCAACCGGAAGUGACCCCAAAAGAAAGUCUGAGUGCGGUAGCUGUGUGGGCAAGGCAAUCCGCACAGAAACCACAUCUUCUGCAAGAUGCAGGUAUACCAUCCUGCCUUAACCCUGACAUGGGGAAGCUAUCCAGGCAACCGAAAGUGACCCCGAAAGAAAGUGUGAAUGUGGUUGUUGUGCGGGCAAGACAAUCCGCACAGAAACCACAUCUUCCGCAGGAUGCAACUACACGGUGGAAGACCGUAACCGCCGGGAAUAUCGAUGCUGAAGACGAAGUGCUAGAGGAGGCCGAAGAAUCCAACACCAUUGCUACCCAGGAAGACCCCGUGGAACCCCCUAGAAUUUCACGGGACUAUCACGAUACAACCGCCUUACUGUUUCUAGAGCGGAGAAGGAGGCCGGUGGCCGACGAGCAAUUCGGCAAGUUCAUUGAGGUAACUAAGAAGUUUUAUGGCAACAUACCAUUUCUUGAUACUAUGCAGGUUCCCACGUACGCCAAGUAUCUCAAGGAUAUACUUGGCAAUAAGAGGGUCCUGCCGACCACCGAGGUCGUGCAGCUUACAGAUGAGUGUAGCAUAGCUAUACUCAAUCCUCUCUUGGAGAAGAAGAAGAAACCAGGAUGCCCCACCAUCACAUGUUCCAUAGGAGCUCAUCACUUUAAACACGCUCUUUGCGAUCUGGGAGCAAGCAUCAGCAUCAUGUAA